AUGACCCUGGAUGGAAUACGAAAUUCGUGUACUUGGGAAGUAUCAGAAAACUUAGAGAACUCAGUUGGCGAAGGAAGGAUACGAAACAGGAACAGAGAGAUGAUAGAUAGUGUUAAAGUUAGAUUGGCUUCCACCGAGUUUAGAACGAUGGCAGAAAUAAUAAGACUUGAAGAGAUUACUUUGUAA